AUGUCUCGUGUUCCUUCCGCUCUUAACCCCACCGAAGAGGAUAUCCAACUCCUUUUGAGUGCCCAAUGUCACAUUGGUACCAAGAACGCCAACACCCGUAUGGCUCCUUAUAUCCACAAGCGUCGUGCUGAUGGUAUCAACUUGAUCAACAUUGGUAAGACCUGGGAGAAGCUCAUCUUGGCUGCUCGUGUCAUUGCUGCCAUUGAGAACCCCCAAGACAUUGUUGUCGUCUCUGCCCGUCCUUAUGGUCACCGUGCUGCCCUUAAGUUCGCCAAGUACAUUGGUGCUGAAGCCAUUGUCGGUCGUUUCACUCCCGGUACCUUCACCAAUUACAUCACCCGUUCUUUCCGUGAACCCCGUUUGGUUAUCUGUACCGAUCCUCGUUCCGAUUUCCAAGCUGUCAUCGAAGCUUCUUAUGUCAACAUCCCUGUCAUCUCUCUUGCUGAUACCGAUGCUUCUCUUAAGUACAUUGAUGUUGCUAUCCCCACUAACAACAAGGCCAAGCACGCCAUUGGUUUGAUCUACUGGCUUUUGGCCCGUGCCGUCCUCCGUCUCCGUGGUUCUUUGGACUAUGAGACCGCUUGGGACGUCAUGGUUGAUAUGUUCUUCUACCGUGAUCCUGAGGAUAUCGAGAAGGAGAAUGCCGAAGAUGCCGAAGAGGGUGACUUUGCUGCCACCGCUGAGGCUGCCACUGGUGAGUGGGCUGUUGAAGGUGAGGCCUCUGAAGGUGUUGCCGGUAUUGCCGCUGCCGCUGACUGGUCUGCUUCUCGCACCACCGAUUGGGCUGAUGAGACCGAAGCUCCUGCUACCUCUUCUUGGGAAGCCUAAAUUUUAUCUUUUUUAAGAUCCUAAAUCCUCCCCAUUUAUGGGAUAAAAUAGAAUAAAAUUAGAACUCACAUCAUAUUUGAACCUCUCUUU